CACCAGAUCAACACGAGCACGGGCACCACCACAGAGCACAACCCAUCGCUCGCCGCCGCGCCUGCGUUGAAUCUGUAGUCCUGCAUUCCCUUCCCUUCGUUUCGUUCCUUUCAACCCUUUGAUCUCCGGUCCAUCAAGGCUGCCAGCUGUCCCGCGUCCCUGGAACAACUCGUCGCGACAACCACGGCUCGCAUCAUCAAUCACGGCUGAUCAACAACCUCGCACGCGGUCUCGGCUCUCUGUCCUCCGGUCAUGACGGACAAGCUCCCUCCCAACCUCCUCGCGCUCUUCGCGCCGCGCCCGCCCCUACGAUGGGUCCAGCCGAUCGAUGUCGCGCCAGCGCAGCGCAAGACAGCCAAGAUCACGGGCCUCGCCGAGUUCCUGCCUGCGCUCACCGCGUACAAGGAGACCGACAACUACACCCCCACUGAGAGCUGGCUGCAGGCUCGCGACCGCAAGAAGCGCGAAAAGGUCGAGAAGCACGAGACGGACAUCAAGGAGGGCUCCAUGAAGCACAACCCGAGCGAUGACCCUAAUAUUCGUGGUGACGCUUUCAAGACGCUGAUUGUCGCGCGUCUGAGCUACGACGCCAACGAGCACGACUUGGAGCGCGAGUUUGGCCGAUUCGGCCCCAUUGAGCGUAUCCGGAUCGUAACCGAUACCCACGCAAAUGAGAAGCCCAACAAGAAGAAGAAGCCGCACCGCGGAUACGCAUUCGUCGUGUUCGAGCGUGAGAAAGACAUGAGAGCUGCUCUAGAUGGUUGUGACGGAAUUCGCAUCAAGGACAGACGCAUCAAGGUCGACGUUGAGCGUGGCCGGACUGUGAAAGGCUGGAAGCCACGUCGUUUCGGAGGCGGCCUUGGCGGCCGCGGCUACACCAAGGCUGCUGCUGCUCGUCCCACCGGCCCUGGCGGCUUUGGUGGUGGCUUUGGCGGCGGUCGCGAUGGUUUCCGGGGCGGCUUUGGUGGCGGCCGUGGCCGUGGAGGCGGCUUCCGUGGAGGUGAUCGUGGUUUCCGUGGUGGCGGUGGUGGUGGCAUGGGUCGCGAUCGUGGUUUCGGUGGCUCUAAUGGCUUCGCGCCUCCGAACGCGCCGUCAGGACCCGGGUCCGGUGCUCGUGGUGGUGGCUACGGAGAUCGUGACCGUGAGCGCGACCAGGUGGACGAGACUACCGCGACCAAGACCGAUCACGGGAAGACGACAACCGGAAGCGCGGCUACGACGGAGGGUACGAAGACCCACGUAAACUGCGUCGUUACUGAUCAAGCCUGUGAUCGGAUUCUCUUCAUGGAUUUCGCGCUCGCACUGGUGGGUAUCUGGUAUACUUUCGUCUUCCACAUUACACCAUUCUACGCGUUGUUCCAGGUCGCCAUUUCCUCCCUAAUUACCACAAGGGUAAGCAUGGGUAAGGGCCUCACGAAACAUGAAGAGAUCGGCCAGAUGACUCUCAUCGAUCAGACUUCCUGCAACGAACGAUGAUGUAUGUCAUGGUAAGCGAUGUGUCAACACAUAUCUUGCAGGAACAGUCACACACGCCAGACCUUUCUUUGAUCACGAUCACCGCCACCCCGCCAUCAACUCUUUCAAAAUACAUCGCGCCUGCCCAUACCAGCAAACCUG